AUGGCUCGAAGUCUCGACCACAAGCUGGCUCAGCACCUCCUGCAGGAGAAGCCGCAUCGCCUGAAAGUCCCAGCACUUCCAGAGGAUCUCGCCUCCCAGCUGGGGGAGUUGGUGGACGCCAGGCGCCGCCCAGAGGUGUUGGGCCGCCUCGUGCAGACUCUGAGACCGAGCCAAGUCGACAUUGCCGGCUUCCUGGGCCCGCAUGUGGCGAAGGCCGUGUCCUUGGGCUCAACCACCCCACGAGGUCCUCCGCAGCUUCGGGGCGUCGAGGUAGCGCCCUUGCCGGGACAAGGCCGGUCUCUCCUGGCGACCCGGGACCUGGCUCGGGGCUCCAUCUGCAUCCAGGAGCAGCCCAUCGCCCGCGUGGCCAUGCACGGGGAGGAGGCCCUGGGCGAGGAGACGCGCCUGGCCUUGCAGCUCUGGGCUGCUGACAGGGCCGGGCUGGCGGACUUGGCCAGGGACCUCCUGGACCACGGUGGCCGAGAUCCGCAGGCCUUGAGAAGCCGGGCCGUGAUCGCCGCCUGCUCGGCGCUCUGUAUUCCGAGUCUGCCCGCGUCGGAGCUCGGGGAGGCAGUGGAGGCGACGUUCGCUUGGCUCGGGCGUGUUCGCAUCAAUGCAGUGGCCGUGACAACCUUAGCGGAGAGCGAGUCCGGUGAGCUCAAGAGCACCAAGCUUGCCCUCGCUCUGUACCCGAACCUUGCGAGGAGCGUGAACCACUCCUGCGCGCCGAACGCGAUGCUGCGCUUUGACAAGGAUACAAGUGCUGUUGAAGUUGUCAUCUCUUCGCCGACCGGAGUAAGAGCUGGGGAGGAGGUGACCAUCUCCUACGGCCCCACAGGCGCUUCGCACCGGCGCUCGGAACGGCAGCAGAAGCUGCAAAGCCAGUACGGCUUCGACUGUCUCUGCGCUGUGUGCACAGCGUCUGAACAAGAGGACUUCCAGUGGAAAGAGAGGGCGAAGAAACUCGACCUUCGUGCCCAGGAGGCUGCCGGAAGGGGGGCGUGGGUGGAAGCUGCCACCGCGUCCGCGGCCUCCUUGGCCUUGCUGCGUCAAGGCUAUGCUGCUGGAGAUGUGGAGGUCGCCAGAGAGGAGUGCAAGCUGGCGGGCAUAUCUCUCCGUGCUGGCAAGCCCGACGCUGCCAGAGAUUUGUGGUCCUCAGCAGCUGAAGUGUUGAAGCCCCUGGCCUGCGCCACAGAUCCAGAUCUCGUGGAGGCAGAGGAGAUGCUGCGGCGGCUCCCCAAAAAGCCAGAGCCCACUCGGCCGGCGGAGCAGGCGGAACAGGCCCCGCCGCCGCCGCCCAAAACCUCACCGGCCACGAAAGGCUUCACUGCUGCCGGGACCAGGAGCGACGUUGCAGCAGCGUUGCAUCGCCUCAAGCACGCCAUUGACACGGCGAAUGUGAGCAAAGAUCGAGUAUCUUCGGAUGCAACGACCGUGACGGACAGCUUUUCCGGCGCAAUCUUUGGGUUGGAGAGCUUGAGCCUGUCUCCGGCCGAGAAGGCCCGGGUCCUUUCCGCGAUGCAAGGUUCGUGA